UCAUGACCGAUCUGAAGUCGUGAUGCCAUUUUGCUGGUGUUUUUGAAUCUGGCAAUGCUUGUCGAGUUCCUGCGAGGAGAUCUCUCCUUGUGCAGAGACCAGUUUCGUACCUUGCACGAGACAACUUCGCACGCGCGGGUGUGCAUGCACACUUGCUUCGCCUCAAGCUUCCGGUUUCGGCACGCCCCCGCUUCACAGUCUGUAUUUCCCGUCGUUUUAGAGUGAAUGCGCUUUUCCGUCGAGGGCUCAGAAGAGUUACUGGCAGCUGAGCUGAGACCGCUUCAGACCCUUCCUCGCUUUUCGUCAGCGCCAACUUCUCGUUGUCCGCUGCAUCUCAAUGCCCGGCUGAGAGACGAGCAAGGCUUGUCUGUAGAAGCUCGGGUUGUACAGCUCUGCCCAGCUCUCGACCAACUGAGGAGAGUUCGAACGCGCGCCGGCAUGGAGUCCGUAUCCGGGUCGUCGGAGGCAGCGAGUGCAGGCGGGGCAGGCGAAGGCGCGCCUCUCUCGGAGGUCACAGCUCUUGAAAGUCUUUUCGACUAUGCGUUUGAGAGGUACCGCAGUCUCGUGGACAGUUUCUCGAACGCAUUUGAGGAAGAAGAUGGAGACUCGUCGUCUUCUGACCCCAGCGGCGACGCCCACAUGAGCCGCGCGGCAGAUUUGCUCGUGCAGCUCCUCGGGAAGGAUGGACUGGAGGCUCUACAGGACGAAGGAAAGCAGCCGAGCUCGACCUCGUCACCCCUGGCGGUCCGAACGGAGACUGUCAACAAACUCACGCUGUGUUUCAAAGGCUGUGCGCGUGCCGUCGAGCACCUUUCCCUCUUCUCUGUUGGCGAAGACUGGGAUGAAAUUGCGACAAGGAAUCUGAGGUAUCUUAUGGUGCCCUACUUGCUAGGCCGUCUCUCCCUCGAAUGUCCUGAUCUUCACCGGAGACUGCACGCUCUGAAGGAAGCGCAGAUUUUCUUUCGGGAGUUCAUGGCCGGCGUGGAACGGCUUGGAGUUUGCAGGCGAGACGACUUGCGGUCGUUCGACUCGAUCGUAGAUGCUCUGCAGCAGAGUGCCGACAGCAGCGAGGCUGGCCCUGCGGGCUUUUCAUCUUUCAGAGAACCGGGGCCUCAGAGUCCUGCCGCGAGAAGAGAUGAGCUGGUGGCGAGAGCAAAGUUCGAGAAGGAAGUCGACACAAAAAUUGCUGCGCUUUUGCGAAAAAGAAGAGAAGCCGCUCGACGAGGCCGAACCGAGGAUGGAGAUCCAGUUGACGGUAUCGACGAGGAAGAAGAACGCGCCUUCUGGGCUUCCUUGCUGUCCAGAGCAGCCGCGGAGACAGUUACUCAGAUGGGUCUCAUUCUCCGAGAACAACCCUUGCUAAGCAUGCGGAUGCAGGACGAAGGGCAACGACGGGGUGGCUUGGAAACCAGUGACAGCCGCAUGCACCCGUCUCGAGCCGCGCAGAGCUCUGGGGAGUCGGCUCGCAAGCCGUGGGUCUACACCAUUAAAGACAGAACCGAUCUGCGACGGCUCUACCGAGAAAAAGUUUUCACGCCAGGCCACAAUCUGCCCAGCAUGAGCCUGGCGGAGUGUGCUGCCAUUGAAAUGGAGAUGGAAGUGAACCAGAUAGGCGCGGCAAAGCCAAAGGUUGUAGAAGAGUAUUCAACGGCUCAAGCUCAAGCAGAGCGAGAAGAAGAAAAGGAACUCGAGGAGCGGGCAUGGGACGACUGGAAAGAUGACAACCCCAAAGGUUCGGGGAACAAGAUGAGGAACAAAGGCUAAAAAACAGCGGAAACGACUGCUUGUUCCCAAAAAAUCGGCCUUCGAUAUGCGCGAAAGAAAGGUGCACUCGUAGCGGCUCGAAACUGUCGGGACAAAUCCCGGUGCAGUGGUCACCUUCAGGCAAUGCGCCACUGUAAUGCUGGAAAACCAUUUUGCAUUUUGCUGUCAGUGUUCCGGUCUGGUAUGUCUGCCCAUACACAUGCAGCUGUUUUGGAAUCCGUCUCUAUCUGCCUGUCCACAAAGUUAUGCAUUUAAAUGCAUACUGCAACUCGUGGAUCAACAGGAGUUGUGCUUUUUGUGAAGCACCCGUUCUGUCACAUCUGAUGCCUUCAUGGAGAGGCAGUGGCCCCUGUCAAAACACGGACCGUCAGCGAAACCGGUGAUUUGGUGCGGUGUUGCGGGGCAAUGCGUCUAUCGGAUUAAGCACGGGCAAAUCCGUUGGCGCCAUUACGUUUCCUUACGCUUGGCAAGCGGCCUAGAGCGGCAACACACAUCUGAAACACUUUCUCCGUGACUCAAUUCUCUGCGAUGCUUCCCGUCUCUACACAACUGCCGGCUGCUUUUGUGUCGUCUACACUCCAGCGAGAUGUUCCCCAUCAAGUUCAGCUGUGUCACUGAAGGCCCUCCAGAAACGCAAACGUCCUGCCCCCAAAACCGGCACUCCCCCCACGGAUGGAAACUUAAUUUUCGAAUGUCAACACAUGGGAGAACAUCUACACUGGCCACAUCUGGAAUAGCUCCGUGGAAGUACUUGUGCGUCGCCUCCUUUUGUGUAGCAAGC